CAUGAAAUACCGGUCAGUAAGCCGGUCUACCAUGCGUUGCUUCGAACUGACGUAUCCAAAAGCACUAUCGACGUUGUGAAGUUCAGUUGCAUCGUGGUCGUUGUACGUUUAACAAUUGUUUGCAUAAAUAAGUGAUCGCGAUGAGGGACAUACCAAAAGUAAAUUAUAACGUCCCAAUAAAAAAUAAGAAAAUCGCGAAUGAAAACGAAACGAACGGUGUGCUUACGAAAUGUACAUUUAAAUCUUACAAGGACUUUUUGGAAAAUUACGAGAGCAAAAACACGAAAGACGACCAAGAAAGUGUUUCUUCGACAGACAGUGGAAUAUCCGAUAUUAAAAGUUACAGCACGUCCACUUCCAGUUUAAAUUCUGAAAACGGAUCUUCAGCGAAAGUAGAGGUGUUCAGCAGUGGCCGUACCGGAUCUUUCCGAAAUUACUUAGAAAACUAUAACAAUAAGAAAUUUAGUUCAGUUAAGCCAAUUGCGAGCAAACAAAAUGUGAUUAAAAGUGAAAUUGUGAUACAAGUCAACGCACCACAGGAAUUCGUGCCGGAUGAACGAGACAUUCCAGAUUAUCCUCCACCGCCACCCCUCGAACGGCUUGAGGAGAUCGCACCGGUAACGCCGCCGCCGCCUCCACCUCCAUCAACACAGCCACCGCCUCCCCCAUCAAUACCGCCACCUCCUCCCCAAUCAAUUCCGCCACCUCCUCCUCCCUUCAUCGCAAACCAGUGCAGUCCAAAAAAAUGGGCACCUGUAGAAACCGAAACCCAGCCGGCUAUUCGAGAAAAGCAGGUUAGUAACAACUCCGCGGCGGCAACAAAUUUAGCGGCGAUUCUCACACAAAACGCCCUCUUUAAACGUAAAGCGCACGAAAGCGAAAAGGUAAUUGAAUGCAAGCCGAUACUGAUCGAAAAACCACCAACACCUCGCCCCGUCAUCAAUCAUAACACGCUACCAAGAGCCAAAGCGCCCGAAUUCAUCAACCACCGCACCAUAACCAUCGAGGUGCCCAUCAAACAUUCACCCCCAAAGCUCCUCGACGAGGUCGACUACAGCACGACGACCGUCGUACCGAUCGCGGACAAAAACACCAAAGUGAAGACGAACGACCCCAACGUCAAAAAAAUGGUCUACAGCACCUACCGCGGCCUUCUCGGCGCGUACAACAACAAAGCGAACGACAUGAUCGCCACCCUUCCCAGAACCACCAUGGUCAAGGAGGACCGAGGAAUCUCAAAGCAGCUGGAGAGCAUCGCGUUGCAAGGUGGCUUGGAAAAAUUAAACGGCCGAACUAACCCUAAGGUAGACACGGAUUCGGGUGCUAAUUAGAAUAUGGGCGCAAUUAUUCUAUUAUGUAAAGUGCUGAUUGGUAAAUAAAAAUGGCAAGUGGUAUGUAGUAGUUAUUUGCAUGCGUAGUAUGCAAUAGUGUCUAGACUGCUCUUUUUAAUUUAUACACUAUUAUUAAGUAAUUAUUAAUUAAUACUUGUGUAAGUUUUUUUAAUGUAGGCAAUAAAUUAAUAUUUUACGGUA